AUGACACAGGGAUACCAAGAUGGUAUGGCCAUUGUUCUUAACAAUGGUAAACCAGACAUAUUCCUUACAAUGACAUGCAAUCCUUCUUGGAUUGAGAUAACUUCAGAACUAGGCCUCCGUCAAACCCCACAAGAUCGACCUGAUUUGUUAACAAGAAUUUUUCGAUCAAAAUUUGAGCAGUUGAAGGAUGAUGUCACUAACAAAGGAGUCUUAGGGAGGGUUAAAAGUUAUAUGUAUGUAACCGAAUUUCAGAAACAUGGACUACCACAUGUGCAUAUGCUACUCAUCUUGGAUAUUGAUGACAAGUUACGGGAACCUGAAGAGUAUGAUAGUGUGGUGAAAGCAGAAAUACCACGACAUGAAUCUGAACCAGAAUUGUAUGAAGCUGUGGUAAAACACAUGAUCCAUGGGUCAUGUGGAGUGUUGAAUCAAAGCUCUCCGUGUAUGAAGAAUGGUCAUUGUAAAAAAAGACACCCAAAAGACUUCUGUGAAGAGACGCGUCAGGGAAAUGACUCAUAUCCUGAGUACAUGAGAAGGUUUAGUGAUCCCAUUUUUUUAAAUAGAAAUAAGUCUGUUGAUAAUAGAUGGGUGGUUCCUUAUAAUCCAUGGUUGUUGUUGAAGUACGAUUGUCACAUCAAUGUUGAGAUUUGCAGCAGCAUCAAAAGUAUUAAAUAUUUGUAUAAAUAUGUUUACAAAGGUCCUGAUCGAGUUGCAAUGGAGGUUCACAGAGGUACAUGUAUGGAUGAGAUUCAACAAUAUGUUGAUGCAAGAUGGAUUUGUGCUCCAGAGGCAUUAUGGAAAAUAUUUAAAUUCACACUUUACAAGUUAUACCCCUCUGUUGAAAGACUACAAAUCCACUUGCCAAAUAAUCAUCAAGUGCGGUUCUAUAAGCAUCAAAGAAUCACAAAUGUACUAAAUGAUAACCAAAAUGCAGUAACCAUGCUCACUGAGUUCUUUGCACUAAACCAAAUGGAUCCACAUGCUAGGAAUUAUUUGUACAGAGAGAUUCCAGAGCAUUAUUGUUGGCUAAAAGGGGUCAAAAAAUGGCAGCGAAGACGGACAAAACAAAAAGUUAUUGGUCGAAUCUAUACAGUAUCUCCUUCAGAAGGUGAGAAAUUUUAUUUACGUGUUUUGUUGUCUCAUUUAAGAGGUCCAACAAGCUGGGAAUGCCUUCUUACACAUAAUGGUGCAUGUUUUUUCACAUUCAAAAAAGCAGCUGAGGAUUAG